AUGACAUACUCACCGCUGCGAGGCGGAGAUCUUGUUGCUCGGAACGAAUGCAUUCAAGAGUGUGGGAGUGGAGUUGAAAUGGCGAGCAGAGGAGACUGGCGCCGGGAAGGAUGAAGCGAAGCUGGGCCCGCAUCACGACCGGGCGACUGAGGAAAAGCUGGAGAAGGAGAUAGGAGGAAGACGGUCGUGCGCGAAGCAGGACCUCGUCUCAAGUUCAGUUCGCCGGCUUACUUCGACAUCAAAGCGAAGGCCGACGUGGCGUGGACGGAGAAAUACGAUUGGAAGGGCGUCGAGAAGGUGGUCAUGUUGGCGAAAUGGACGGUCGAUCCCACCGAGAACGAGAAUCGGGCGGAAAUCAUCGAGUCGAUCGGCAAAGACGUCAAGGAUCUGAUCGUGGUGCCAAUUCGGAUGGCAUGCAAGUUCAACAAAGUCGGAGGGAUAACGGAGUGGUGGAAAAAGAGGAUGCGAACCCGUACGAACGUACGGUUCGUCGAUCCGCAGACGCCCGUUGGACCAAAACAACUUCCGAUGGUUGUGGUCAACCCGGAGAAGUUCGACUCGGCGGAGAUGAUGGGUGGAUACCUCGAUUCACUCAUUCCGAGGAAUGCGGCGGUGGAGAAACUGAUGGCUGGCCGGAAGUUGGAGGUGGCCAGGAGAGCGAAUCAAUCGACAUAACGUAUGCGAUCAUCAUAUUGUUUUUGUUCUUUUAGCAUUCUAGGAUCUUUUAGGUAUUCUUUGGUAAUGUGGUAGUUUUUCUGUAAGUCCGUAGCAGAGGGACACGUGUGUCGGGAGCAGACUGUCAGUCGCCCAUGUGCUCGUACUUCAGCCGGCCCGGGGUCCGGCUUUUGUCCACGGGGGGGAAGUUGCCAAAGGCAGUUCCCUCAAACCCUUUCCAGGAAGUCGCACAAACGGGUGCAAAGACGCUCUAUGGGACACGCGUGAACUUUGAGCUGCGUGGCAUUUUUAAGACGGAGUUUUUAGUUCUGGUUUUGGUUUAAAAAAAAGGCUUUUGCACGUUUACUUGUGAGAGACACUCUUUUUGGUGUUCUUUCUGUACUUUUCUUCGUUGAUUCGUGUCUUUCGUUGCUCCUCAAGCAAUAAACCUUCGUUUGAUAAUCUUUCGCGUUGUUUCUUGUGUUUUCUUGUAUUGGACCCACUACCCCUUAUCAUAAGCGGGCAACUAUCGAUUGAUUUUGGGCCUGUUUGGCAAGACAGAGCGGUGAGUAUGUCAUAGGAUAUUAGGAGGAAAAACGUUCUUUUUACAGUUCAAGAUGCAACAAGACGCGUAUCGUGCGGCGAGAAUCCCAACUGGAUCGAAUUCGGAUGUCCGCAAGAAGUGGAUGUGCAGAGAAACUACAGGAAUUUGAAUUAUCCGCACUAUUGGAAGAUCUCCACUGGAAUCGUUUUGGAGAAAGAGCUGAAGCCUCUGGAUCCAGAACCUUACUAA